CAAAAGCAAAAGCAAUAAUGAAUUUCUGUAUCCAAGGUGACGAGUAAGCGUCAAUUAACAAACAAUUCGACGCUUACAUCGAUUGUACCAUGGCUGAGUUGCAUUUAAUAGGGACAAUAGCAUCUGCCCGAGACUUUCGACAAUCUCGUUUAUUUUCCAAAUGGAGUUUUUCCACCGGCAAUGGAUGGAAAAUUAUUAACGGAUGCAGCGAAGGGCAAACACAAGAAUGUUGCGAUCCUUAUUCAAAUGAGCCAGUCUGGGACCAUCCGGUAGACCUUCAUUUUACAACAAAAACACUGCAGGGAUCUCCAAAAGCUUUAUUACAAGUAUUUUGCAGAGAUGAUUUUAAUAAAAUAUUGUUCGUCUCGUACGGUGUUUGCAGUAUUCCUUUAAAACCAGGUUUCCAUUCUAUCGAAUGUCACACGUGGAAACCAAUAGGCGAUUGGCAAGAUAGAUUGAAGGACAAAUUUUUAGGCACUACGCUUCAACUUAAAUCUCCAGAUGUUUUAGUAAAUGCUGACGAUAGAUUUGAACUGCUUACCGAAAGCAUGGGAAUAGUUCGAAUCGAUCUCCAUGUACUUGCAAAAAAUUUCGACAAGUUCGGUUUUACAAUACAGGCUGGCUUUUGUGACAUUAACUGUUGCUGCGACUCGGAUUGUACAGAACAUGACUCAAAAGUCUUUUCUCGCUGUAUAGAUCGUGAGAUUGACAAAGAAAAGGAUAGCUGGUACUGCCAUGAGAAACCAUUCUUUCGUCAUAACGAAACGAGAUUUAUUUUUAAAAAAAUUGUCGACAGCUUAUUUUGUAUAGCUUCUGACAAUCUUCCACCAAUGUACAGUGCAAGUAGUGAUUUGCAAAUUGAAGAUAAAAGUAGUUUUAAAAACAUUAUAAGCAAUAAUAAACCAUCGAGCUUCAAAUGGAAAUUGGAUAAGAAAAAUAUUAGCUUCCAAAAUUUCAAUGUAUCCAGUCAAUAUCAUUAUGGAGACAUAUUAUGGACAAUAAAUAAAAAUUCUUUGCAACCAUUUGAUCUUCCGCAAAGUGGUUUUGGCAAGAUGUGUGAUUUUAAAAAGGCCGUUCGAUUUCUCGAAGACUGGACGAGUUCUUGUUAUCAGAGCAAUUUAACCAAUAAUAACAUCUAUCUUUUUCCAUCAAAUUUUAUUAAUUUUACUAUAAUAGCCACACCUUCAAAGUUCAAUUCGCAAUAUAUAGUACAAGAUUGUCCAAAAGCCGUUUGUCAGUCCAUUAAUGUCUUUAUUUGCUCAGGGUCAUUGAUUGUUUGUAAUGCCAAUGAAACCGUUAAAACCACCUGUUCGGAAAACAUUUGCUAUAAUGCAGUAAAAAAAAUUGUAUACGUUAUUCAACAUAAUGGAAGCGAGGGGAUUAAAAGUAUCGAUGUGCAUUUUCGACUGGCAAAUGUUUCGAAUAGCUUUAAACAAGAGUUUGAAGUACGUUAUAAGUGGAUAAAUGCAAAUGAGUCGUUAAUUAUUGAAAGAAGUGGAAAUCCAGGAUACAUUGCAGGGAAGCCAAUUUUUGUUGGAACACAAUUAUUAAACAAAACUAAUGAUAUGGAAAUUAAAUACAUUGCUUUUAAUAAAAUUUACAAAUACUUGACAUUACCGAUGGCAUAUAAAAGUGGCAUAUGCAGCGAAACUGAAAGAUAUCCAGUGAAAUUUCUAGAAAAUAUUAAACUAAAGUGUUCGAUCGUCGUUGAAACUAGUAAUUUCUCAACAUCAACUUGUGUCAAGCUCCAAAAUCGUACAAUUGAAGCACUAACCAGUUUUAUGACGUUCAAAAACUUUGAACAAACGAAUUUUGAUAGGCAAUUUGUUUCUAAAUCCGGUAACAUUUCCGAUAAUAACACUAAAAGUUGGACAAAAAUAUUCUUCGAAAAGUCUCCACAAAAUAUUAUUAGCGCACGAAUAACGGAAAGUGAAAUACAAUGUUCAGGAUUGGUGACAUCGGUUAUAUUUGAUAUUGUACACUCUUUAAUAUCGAAACCAGGUAGUGAUAAAAAUCACGUAAUAUUGGGAGUCCAAGUCGCAUUUUCACAAGGAGUUGAUUUAAAAUGGCCAAAAUGCAUUGGUAAAAAUUGUACAGAUAUAUUGCAAUUGGAUGUAGUUAGUUUUGUAUCGUUUCAUGACGUAUCCAAGCCUACGAGGUAUCACAUUGCUGGUGGACCGAAUUUAGAUAUAAGUUUACCUUAUGAUUUUUUCUAUCCAUUUUUAAGUCAUUCAAGGUCAAACGGAACCACGCUAAAAUUCAAACUUAUUCAUAUUUACAUUACAUUAUGUUUCAUAUUUAAAGCACUUUUAAGAAUUACAUGA